UCGCUCUCUUUCGCCCCCGCCCUCCCUCGUCUCGCCAUCUCACUGACCUCCCCACUCUCGGCUGUAGGCGACGCCCUCCUCUACCUCCUCGAGCAGCACCCAGUCGUCGUCCUCCAGUCCCCGACGGGCACGGGCAAGAGCACCCAGCUCCCGCAGUUCCUCCUCGAGGCAGGGUGGGCAAAGGAGGGCAAGAGCAUCGCCGUCACUCAGCCUCGACGAGUCGCCGCCAUAUCGGUCGCGCAGCGUGUGGCCGAGGAGGUCGGCUGCAUCCUCGGCGACGAGGUCGGCUACAGCGUGCGCUUCGAGGCGCUCGCCACCCCCGACACCAAGGUCGUCUACCUCACCGACGGCAUGCUCUUCCGCGAGAUCCUCCUCGACCCGCUCCUGUCGCGGUACUCGGUCGUCAUGGUCGACGAGGCGCACGAGCGCAGCAGCUACACCGACCUCCUGCUCGGCGUCCUCAAGAAGAUCCGCCGCGUCCGCCCCGAGCUCCGCAUCGUCAUCUCGUCGGCCACGAUCGAGGCCCAGUCGUUCGUCGACUUCUUCAACACGCAGCCGCCGUCUUCCGCCGAGCGCGAGCUGCCGACGCUCGACGACGCCGUCAUGGUGCGGCUCGAGGGCAAGGCGUUCCCGGUCGAGAUUGCCUACCUCGACGAGCCGACCAACGACGUCGUCAUGAAGGCGGUCGAGACCGUGUUCGACAUCCACCUCAAGCAACCGCCAGGCGACGUCCUCGUGUUCCUCACCGGUCGGGACGACAUCGAAAAGUGCCUGCAGCUCAUCGCCGACUAUCAGCAUCGAUUACCUCAAGGAGCGCCUCUCAUCAAGGCCUACCCUCUUCAUUCCGGGCUCACGACCGAGAGCCAGAUCGCCGUCUUUGAGCCGCCGCCGCCGCGCACGAGAAAGGUCAUCGUGAGCACCAACAUCGCCGAGGCGUCGGUCACGAUCGACGGCAUCAAGUACGUCGUCGACUCGGGCCUCGUCAAGUUGCGCUCGUUCGACCCGUCGACCGGCAUGGACGCCCUCGUCACGACGCCCUGUUCCCUCGCCUCGCUCGCUCAGCGGUCCGGUCGUGCAGGCCGCACGUCGCCGGGCAAGUGCUUCCGCCUGUUCCCGUCGUCGACCCUGGCCACCCUCCUCCCGACGACGCCGCCCGAGAUCACGCGCAGCGACAUCUCGCUCCUCGUCCUCCAGCUCAAGAGCCUCGGCAUCCAGAACAUCCUCCGGUUCGACUGGAUGACGAGCCCGAGCAGCGUCAUGCUCGAGCGCGCGCUCGAGUUCCUGUACUGCCUCGGCGCGCUCGACGACGAGGGCAAGUUGACGAGGCCGCUCGGAAUGCGCAUGGCCGAGAUGCCCAUCGACCCGAUGAUGUCCAAGAUUCUCCUCGACUCGGGCCGCUUCGGCUGCUCGGACGAGAUCCUCACGAUUGCGUCCAUGACCUCGGUCCAGAACGUCUUCAUCAUGGACGGCGACUCGGUCCGCGCCGAGCUCGAGCGGCGCAAGUUCACGGUCGAGGAGGGCGAUCACCUGACGGCGCUCAACGCGUACAACGCGUUCGUCAAGUACGGUCGAAAAUCGAGCAAGUGGUGCCACACGCACCGCCUCAACUUCCGCGCCCUCUCGCGCGCCCUGUCGAUCCGGACCCAGCUCGCCAAGUACCUCAAGCGGUUCGAGAUCCCGAUUGUGUCGUGCGGCGAGGACCACACGAGCAUCCGGCGGUGCCUCACGAGCGGCUACUUCCGCAACGCGGCGGUUCUGCAGCCGGACGGGACGUACCGCUCGGUCCGAGAAGGAGCUAUCCUCCACGCGCACCCGUCGUCGAUCCUGUUCACCCGCACGCCGCCGUCGCGCUUCGUCAUCUACCACGAGGUCAUCGAGACGACCAAGCGCUUCAUGCGCGAGAUCACGGCCAUCGACAAGGACGGCGACUGGCUCGUCGAGCUCGCCGGGCACUACUAC